UAGGGUUAAAUUCUAACCUUCUUCUCCUCCGUAGCGGUGUCGUCGAGCUGACAAUAUCAGUUGCUCCAGUAGCCGGCGCUAAACAAAAAUGGCGGACAAGGCAGUGACCAUCCGAACCAGAAAAUUCAUGACAAACAGGCUUCUCUCCAGAAAACAAUUCGUUGUUGAUGUCCUUCACCCAGGGAGGGCCAAUGUUUCCAAGGCUGAGUUGAAGGAGAAAUUGGCAAGAAUGUAUGAUGUGAAGGACCCCAACACUGUAUUUGUCUUCAAGUUCCGAACUCACUUUGGUGGUGGCAAGUCCACUGGAUUUGGUUUGAUCUAUGAUUCAGUUGACAAUGCGAAGAAGUAUGAGCCUAAGUACAGGCUUAUCAGGAAUGGACUUGAUACCAAGGUAGAGAAAUCAAGGAAGCAGAUGAAGGAGAGAAAGAAUAGAGCCAAGAAGAUUCGUGGUGUAAAGAAGACGAAGGCUUCCGAUGCUGCCAAGGCUGGAAAAAAGAAAUAAGUUUUUAAACACUGUGAUUUUAAGGUUCUAUUGCUUUUGAUAUUUUCUUAUGGUUAUUUUAUUUUCUAGUAGUUUUCUAGAAUGAGAUAUUUUGCUGUAAUUGUUGAUCCUACGUUAAUCGAUGUUCUGUUACAACUUGAGAUCGAGUACUUGCAUGGUCAAUUUUGAGAAUUCAGUGGAACACAUUAUUUUCAAAUA